CCCAGGAGAAUUCUCUCUCUCUCGCUCCCGGAGAUUGUAUUUUUAUCGUUCAAUUGAUCGCUUUUCGUCAACCGCACAAUGUUCGCUCGCUCUGUCGCCCGGGCUGCUCCUCGCAGCUCGGCCCUGCCCUCGGCGGCCACUCGCUCCUACCGCACCAUCCCGGGCCCAAUGGCUUGCUUGAACGCUCGCCCGCAGCUCGAGAAGAAGUCCAUCGCUCCCCAGCAGACCCGCGCCGCCUCCGAGCAUGCCAUCGCCAACCCGACCCUCGCUGGCAUCGAGAAGCGCUGGGAGGGUAUGCCCCCCCAGGAGCAGGCCGAGCUGUGGAUGCAGCUGAGGGACCGCAUGAAGGUCGACUGGCACCAGAUGACCCUGCAGGAGAAGAAGGCCGCCUACUGGAUUGCUUUCGGCGCUCACGGCCCUCGCGCCGGUGCCCCCAAGGGUGAGGGUCUGCGUAUCCUGGCCAAGGUGGUCCAGUUGACUGCUGUGUCCUUUGCGAUUUUCUACGUCAUCCACCUGUUCGCCAAGCCGCAGCCCAAGACCAUGUCGAAGGAGUGGCAGGAGGCCAGCAACGAAUACGCCUUGAGAGAGAAGAUGGACCCGAUGACGGGCAUCAGCUCCAAGGAGUACCAGGGCAAGGGCUUCGUGCAGAGCCCCCCUCUGGAGAAGUCGUAGAUGCGAGGCACCGACCGCCCCGAUGACCGCCGAACGUGAUGGAUAGGCCUUCCGUUGUGCAAUUGAAACUACCCCUGUCUAUUUCUCCCUUCCACUCACUUUGCUGCCGCCGGAUCAAUCAAAUCUCCCAUUGCGGAUGGGCACUUCCACCAUAGUGUCUCACUCGAAUGUUGUCAAUUCUAGCCCAAAAGAAUCCGUGUAUCUCGUACUGUGCAAUAAUCGAUGUAUUUCCUUUGUGGUCU